AUGAGACGGAAUCCGUUCCGCGCGGCGAAGCCUGUCGAGCCCUCGCCGUAUGACUCCAUGGCCGCGUCAUCAUCCACGUCAUCUUCCACGUCAUCUUCCACGUCAGCAGAAGCGGCGGAAGUCGUGGCAGCCCGGCUACGGCCGCACGCCGACUCGUCCGACGCGUCCACCUCCAAUCUCCUUCGAGCGCUCUCCUCCCUCUUCCAAUCCGAAGGCGCCACGUGUCCCGCGUCUGUCACGGGCUUGGCGCACGUGUACCAGCUGAAUCCGCGCUUCGGCGCGCAUUUUGAAGGCGAGGAGGAAUUCACGCAGUGGGAAUCGCGGUGCGGGGGAGGCGGGAGAGACGGAAGAGGGGGAAGGAGAGGGAGAAGGGGAGGGGGAGACGUCGGGGGAAGUGGGGAAGAGGGGAACGAUGGUGUUUCUAACGAAGAGUCUCUUAUGGGAGGGGGGGAGUAUAGCCUGAGUGACUAUAGCGCAGGUGCCUCAAGAGGAGGUGAUGACGUGGCAGGAAGAAGGGAGCGACGUACAUGGGAAAGAAUGUGGAAAGGGAGGGCGGGAAGCGGGAACAGAGGGGGGGAGGUGGGGGAGGCGGGGUUGGGGGAGGGGAAGGGGAGGGAGAGGGGAUGGAGGGAAGGGGGGGACUUGGGGGAGGGGAAAGAGUGGAGGGAGGAGGCCGGGUUGAGAAGGCUGAGGCGGUUGCUGCAGAGAGAUGAGGAGAGAGUUCAGGUGAGAGCUCAGGUGAAAGUUCAGGUGAAAGUUCAGGUGAGAGUUCAGGUGACGGUUCAGGUGAGAGUUCAGGUGAGAGUUCAGGUGAGGGCUCAGGUGAGAGUUCAGGUGAGAAUUCAGGUGAGGGCUCAGGUGAGAGUUCAGGCGAGAGUUCAGGUGCGAAGCAGGCAGCACAGUGCAGCAGUGGCGGCAGCAGCAGGUGCCACAGUGCCAGUUGGCGGGCUGCGAUUGGUCAAGGGGUCGUCGGCAGCAGUGACUCGCAUUCAUGGGCACAUCUUCCCCGAGGGGCUCUACUACAUAGCAGUGGGACUUGGCACGCCUCCUAGGACCUACUUUCUUGAUAUAGACACGGGAAGCCAUGUCUCCUGGGUGGCUUGCGAUGCUCCCUGCGUGAACUGCGCUCAGGGUCCCAACCCAUGGUACGACCCCUCCCAUGCCUCUCUGGUGGACUGCCAUUCCGACCUCUGCCAAGCCGCACAGACAGGCUUCAUCCGAGGCUGCUCCUCAGGCUCGGAAGACACCCAUUCAGGCUCGGAGGGUGCCGAAGCUGCGGAUGCGGGUCGGGUCGGAGAGGGGGUUCAUACCAAGCCACGGCAUCUACAAGAGGCGUCCAGAGGGGUUACAAACGGUACCAGCAGCGUUGCAGCAGCUGCUGCUGCUGCUGGUGGUGCUGAGGACAGUAACCAGGGUGACAAUAACGAGGGUGACAGCAGCAGCAGCGGGCAAUGUGACUAUGACAUAGUGUACGCAGACGGAAGCAGCUCCCAGGGGGUGCUUGUAACGGAUAGGUUACUGUUCCUGCACCCCUCGGGCACACUCAAGGCCGCGCAGUUCACAUUCGGUCUCCCCUGCUCGCUCCGAUGGGGUGCUGGGUCUCGGUCCUUCCAACCUCUCGCUCCCUGCCCAGACAAGCAGCUGUCCAGAGCAGGGGCGGGGCGAAACGUGUUUGGCCACUGUCUCGGUUCGGGUGCAUCUGGGGGAGGUUACUUCUUCAUAGGGGAAGCGCUUUUACCCAGCACCCUCACCUGGACCCCCCGUGCUGCCACAAGCGACACCCGCUACUACCACGCAUCCCUCCUCCGCAUCUCCUACGGUUCCAAGAAGCUUCCCAUCGACGAUCCCAAGGCGCUCCACAAUAAGCACGCAGGCACUGCAUCUGCUUAUAACGAGGAUGAUGGAGUGGAGAGCGGAGGGGCAAUAUUUGACUCGGGGUCGUCAUUUGCCUACCUGCCUGGUCCUACUUUUGAAGCGUUGCUGGAGAUGGUAUCAGCCGAUGCAGCAGCAGCAGGCUUGCAACCAGACACCACCGUGACUGUGCUACCGCACUGCUGGCGGGCGGGUAAAGGGGUAGCCAAGAUCAGGUCCACCGCUGAUGUGGUAUCUCAUUUCUCUCCACUCACCUUCUCGUUUAAGUCACACUCCAUCUUCUCCACAUCAGCUGAUCUCUCCGUUGCUCCUUCAACAUAUCUCCUCUCACCGAGGCAUGGCACAGUUUGCCUUAUUCUGGACGGAGAUGAGUCAAUCGCAUUGGGAGGCGCUUCCCGAACCAUCAUCGGAG